AUGUCUCAAGCUACAGACAUCUUCCACACAAAACAACACUGGGAAAACAAAACCAAAUUCUUGAAUCAUGAUGCAGCAGUCAGAUUUUUAGGUUUCUAUACUGACGAUUUAUUGCGUCGGGUGGAUUUUGAUCAACUGAUCCAACAAAAAAUUUCUGAAGAUCAACACCAUAAUCAACCUUCCAAUCUCAAAUGUUUAGAUAUUGCUUGUGGUACUGGAUUAGUAACUUUUCGAUUGCAUUCUCAAUUACAACAAGCCAUUUCCAAAUUGCAAUCAUCCUCCCAUCCAGAUAUUUCAGUAGAAGGUAUUGAUUUCAGUUCAACCAUGAUCCAAGGUGCUAACGAAAGGCUUUUAGAACUCUCCAAUUCCUCUCAUGUACCACAAGUAUUGGAAGUUUCUCUCCCCAAAUUUUAUGAAAUGGAUGGCCAAGAUUUAAAGUUUCCCGAUGCAUCUUUUGAUUUGAUUUUCUCAAAUAUGGGGGUGUUGUUUUAUCCCGAUAUUCCCAAAGGUCUUUCUGAAAUUCAUCGAGUACUCAAACCCAAUGGAAAAGCCUUUAUCAAUGCUUGGACUGAGGACAAUCCUUCCAAAGUACCUCUCGAAAUUCAACGUAAAACCCUAUCAGGUCCUCUCUAUUCGUUAGUAGAGGCUCAAAGAUUUAUGGAAUUGUGUGAGAAGGCUGGUUUCUCGAGUGUCAGUAUUGAAACUGUGCAAGCCCGAUUCAAAGUUCCAUUCCGCAACUAUGCUGAACUCAUGAAAUCCAAUAAGGAUUUGGUGAAGGAGGACGAAUUUCCACAAUUUGUUCAGCAACUUGCUGAACGAUUUGGAGUGAAGAAUAUGGAUGAGGAAGAGAUUGAGAUUUGUACUUCUGCACAUGUGGCAUCUCUUGUCAAGUGA